AUGGAAGGUGAGCCAAAACAAGAUAUUAUUGCAAGUUUUUCGCAGGAUGCGAGUAAGUUUGCAUUUCAAGCCAAUCUCUCACAAAAAAAUGGGAUUGAUGUAUAUCCAUUAGAUCCUACAACUGGCUAUAAGAUCAAUAGUUCUUUUGUUAGUUGUGUAGACUAUGAGAGUACUGAAUUUCAUGCCUCUGAUUUAUUAUUUUUAAAUUGGUGUAAAAGUAUUGAUACUCCAAAUAUUGGUAGUAGACAAUCAAAGAGAAAACUAGUAGAGGAUAACGCUCCUGAAAGUAAGGAUAAUGAUAAAAGAGAGCUCAAAACAGAAAAUUUUUUUGUUAAUGCAUUUCCUAAGGGACAAUUAGUAAUCUAUUCUUCCAAUGGGAAGGAUAUUGUAAACAUCAUUCGUAAUAAACAGGAAAUUAUAGGGCUAGAUACUGUAGAUAACAAUAUCUGGAUUCUUGACUCAAACAAAAUAGUCAAAAUUUUUGACUAUAAAUCAAAUAAACCAUUGAAGACCUUUACUUUAAUCGAUGGGAAAAAUGAAGAUAUUACUAAUUUCCAAGUCUUUAAAAUCAAUGAAAAUGAGAUUUUGAUCAUAAUAUUCACUGAAAAUAAUGUUUAUGUCAUCGAUCCAAGUAAAAGGAGGCCAUCAACAAAAGCCAAAUUCGAAAUAUUCGGUGGAAUCUGUGGUGGUAUCUCCUUUGAUGGGCAAUAUAUUGUGAUUGCAAACAUUGAUAAUUUAUAUGUUUAUGAUAUUCAAAAUCAGGAAUUGAUUAAAUCAUGGUCUUUACAAGUAGAAAAUAUAAAAAUUUUUAACAAUAAUUACAUAUUUGCAUUAACCACGAAGGGUCAACUUUUAAAUGUCUACCAAAUUGGUCAAGAUGAUGCCGUAAGCUCCAUUAAAGUUGCUAAUUCUGAAAUACUUGACUUCACAAGAGUUAGGGAUGAUAUGAACAAUAGUAAUAUUCUAAUAGCAUGGUUAAAUGUUAAUGAACCAAAUUUUGAAUUGUUUACCUUAGAUACCAUUAUUUCAAAUAAAGAACUCAUAAUAAACAAAGAAAGUGUUGAGUUAGAUACUAUUAAUAAUCAUAGCAAAAUAAACGAAGAAAGGAAAAAGGACAUGGAAGAUUCAAAAAGUGAAAAAGUUGAUAAAUCAAAGGAAGAAGAAGAACCAAAAGAGGAUGCUAAUGUAAAUGAAACGAAGGAUAAUAAAAAGAAUGAAAACAAGCAAAAGAAGAAGAUUACAAAGAAAGAACAAAACUCAGUUGUAUCCCAAUUAAUUUCUCUAAUAGAAUCUCGUGGAUCUGAAUCAGAAAUUAUAAAUAAUCUAACUUCAGCAAAUACAUGGAAUGAUGCUAGAGUUUCUUGGUUUAUUAGUAAUUAUAUCACUUCCGAAUCUAUAGCCACAUUUCUCUUCAAGUGUAUUACCAAUGCAUUACAAAGAAGAAUAUAUGAAGAGACUACACUUUUAAAUACAUGGUUAAAAUGGUUGUUAACUUUAGUUAAUAUCCCAAACAGUUUUAAACAUGAUAAGGUAAACAAAAAAACAUUAAAACAUUUUAAGUCCUCAUUAAAGACCUCCAGUGAAUCUUUACCAAUAUUGUUGGGUAUUCAGGGGAAAUUAGAAAUGUUAAUCAGACAAGCUAAAUUAAGAGAAGAACUGUAUAAUUUAUCACUAGAAGAAGCAAAUACGACCAAUGUCCCAGAUAAUACAGUAAUUGAAGAAGGUGAAGGGCAGAAUAAUGAUGAAAGCGAGAAUAUUAAUUAUGUAAAUGGUGAGACUGAUAUUUUUGUUGAUGCACAAGAAUAA